AUAGACGGUCGCGCUGUGUUUCCAACCUCUAAUGUUUAUAACCCCACUGAGCCGCUAUAUAUUAAAUUAAUAACUUCGGCUCAUGUUGUUUUUAAACGUAUCAGGCGUCUGCUUAGCUACUGACGUUAGCUUAACAACCUGUUAGCUUGAUACAGUCAGGAUGAUGGAGGUAAAAAACCGAACCAGAGAGACAGACUGAUUGGGAGCAGACUGUGAUUGAUCGGGAGCAGACUGUGAUUGAUCGGGAGCAGACUGUGAUUGAUCUAUAGCAGCAGUAAAAAUGUCUGGACCUCAGAGGCUGUCAGCGCUGGAGAAUCUGAGACCAAAACCCUGUGACGAAUCAGCCAGAACUAGCGACAUCCAGCAGUUCUUGGUGAUCAAGGAGGAGCUUCCAGCUGAGGAGCAGAACUGGAGUCCCCAACUGGACCACAAUCCCCCGCAAAUUAAAGAGGAACAGGAGAAGCCUGAGAUUAUAGAGUUCACCUUCAAUACUGUCAAGAGUGAAGAUGAUAAAGAGAAACCUCAGUCUUCAAGUCUUCAUCACAUCCAGACUGAGGAGAACAGAGACGCCAUGGGACCAGAACCAGAUGAAUGUUUAGAAUCAGAACAUGAAGAAAAAAGUUUGGAUUCUUCAGAGACAGACAUCAGCGAUGGAAACUGGGAGGAGAGCGGUGAACCACAGCCAAAUUUAAAAUCAGGUGAUAUAAUCUGUGACAUCGAGUAUAAAUUACACACCUGCAGUGAUUGUGGUAAAGCAUUCAGCCGCAGGGAACGUCUAUUGAGACACAGAAAAGUCCACACAGGAGGGAGACCCUUCAGCUGCUCCUUUUGUGAUGCAACUUUUAAAAGAAAGUAUACUUUAGUGCAGCACCUGAGAACCCACACCGGUGAGAAACCUUUUAGCUGCUCUAUAUGUGGUCAAAGCUACCGACACAGUGUGGGUCUUAGCCGUCACAUGAGGGGCCACACAGGAGAAAAACCUUACACCUGCUCUUUCUGCAAAGCCACCUUUAGAUGGAAGAACACUUUUCUGGAGCACACAAGGAUCCACACGGGGGAAAAACCCUUCAGCUGCUCCGUCUGCAGCGCAACUUUUACAUGGAAGAAUUCCUACGUGGAACACAUGAGAAUCCACACAGGAGAAAGACCCUUCAGCUGCACUUUGUGUGAUGCAACCUUUAAAAGAAAAUAUACUUUAAAGCAGCACAUGAGAACCCACACAGGAGAGAAACCCUUCAUCUGCUCCAUCUGUGGUCAGACCUACCGACACAACGCAGGUCUGAACCGUCACAUGAGGAGUCACACAGGAGAGAAACCUUACAACUGCUUUGUCUGCAAGGCCACUUUUAAAUGGAAGAACGCUCUGAUGGAGCACACAAGAAUUCACACGGGAGAAAAACCUUUCAGCUGCUCCGUUUGUACGGCAACUUUUAGAAGGAAACAGGAUUUUGUGAAUCACACAAGGGUUCACAGUGGAGAAAAAGCCUUUAGUUGUUCAGUUUGUGGUCAAGGCUUCAGUAAAACCAUAUAUUUAAAUUCUCACAUGAAAAUUCAUGAAGGACAAGAACCUUUGAGCACUGCUGUCUGAAAGACUACAUUAUCCAGAUAGAAAAGAAAACUGAGGAAACACCUAAAACAUGUUCCAAGCAGCAGAUGAGACUGUUUUAAAGGUAAACAAUCUCAGAAAGGUUGUUUAAACAUUUUACAAAGAACCAAACCCACUAGAUGUGGAAAUGUAUUAGGUUUGUAUGGAUUUACAGACGUGCAUAUAAAAUGCAAGUUCACUGGAAAUUGGAUAUAGUUUUUUUAAUUAGAUCUAGAUCAUGGGUUUUAAAGGCAGUCCUUCUUUAACAUCCCUAUCAAUUAAUUAGGUCAUUAGCUGGACUCUGUAGAACUUGAUUGCAUGCAGAGAAGAUUAUUCAGCUGUGCUGGACCAGACCAGUCCUUGAGAGCUAGCAUCCUGCACCUUUUAGAUGCGUCCCUUCUCCAAGUGACUUGAAUUGAAAAAUGUUUCAUUACCUGGCUUCUGCAGAGCUGAAUGACAUAAAUUUGACAAAACAUAACCUUUCUUAGUCCUAAUUUAUCUUAUUACAUUAAACAACUUUUUUUUGGGUCAAAACAUUGAAUCUGAGUAAAUUGUACUGAAUCAUGAGCAUUUUUGGGAUCAUGACCCAAAAAGACCCCAAUGAUUUUAUGUAUCGUUAACAUGUGAAAUCAGUGGCUGUGUUAAUUGUUCGAAUUAUGCCGUCAUAUGAGGCGACUGUUUUACUUCAGGCUUGUGCCAAGAAAAAAACGAUGGAACGUAUUUCUAAUGUAAAAUAAAGUUGUAUAUUGUGAACA